GGCGGGCGGCACCAGCUCCCCGGCAUCUGAGCUGAGCUGAGCAUCGUGCAGGCAAGGGAGGAUGUCUCAGAGAGGAGACGUAAGUUCAUGUUCCCGGCGGCCAAGUUAGAGUGAAUCGGGAGCUGCUUAAUCGGGGCCGUUCCUGCCCCCUCGCAUCCGAAAUCCCAACGUACCAGCUGCUUCCUCGCAGUGGACAUACAUUAGCAAACUAUUAUAUUUAGCAGUCGACUGCUCUGGGCGUUUGGGUUGGUAGAAAUGAGCAGCAAAAGGCUUAGUGGUUUGGUGGCAGCAACCUUCACACCCCUGACAAAUGAUGAUGAAAUUAAUCUCCCUGUUAUUGGUCCAUAUAUUGAUUAUCUGGUAAAGGUCCAAGGGAUUAGAAAUAUUUUUGUCAAUGGAACUACUGGGGAAGGCAUGUCACUUAGUGUUGAAGAAAGAAAAUUGGUUGCUGAAGAAUGGAUUAACAAGGGAAAGGGCAAGUUAGAUCAUGUGAUCAUUCAUGUUGGUUCGUUGAGUAUAAAAGAAUCUCGACAAAUGGCAGAGCAUGCUGCUAAGUGUAAUGCUUCUGGGAUUGCAGUUAUUUCACCAUUUUUUUUCAAGCCUCAAAGUACAGAUGCUUUGGUGGAGUAUCUUAAGGAAGUUGCAUCAGCUGCCCCUGGUAUCCCUUUCUAUUAUUACCACCUUCCUGAGCUAACUGGAGUAUCUUUUAGAGUUGUGGAACUGCUAGAUGGAAUUGAAAAAAAGAUUCCAACAUUCCGGGGGUUGAAGUUCACCAGCAGUGACUUGUUGGAUUUCGGUCAAUGUGUUAAUAAUUACAAGGAUAAAUUUGACUUGCUCUAUGGAAAAGAUGAGCUACUCUUGUCUGCAAUGGUAUUAGGAGCAACUGGAGCAGUUGGCAGCACAUACAAUUAUUUUGGGAAUUUGAAUAAAAAGAUGCUGAGUUAUUUUGAGAAACAAGACUACAACUUGGCUCGGGAGCAGCAGGCUAUAGUUCAGGAAUUCAUUGGCUAUGUGAGCAGCCUUGGUUUUGGUGUGGCAGAAAACAAGGCUACAAUGAUGCUGGUUUCAGGCAUUCCAUUAGGACCACCUAGGCUACCAUUGCUGAAAUGCAGUGAGGAGAAGAAAGCACAAAUAUUGGCAAAACUGAAAAUCCUGGGAUUGUUGAACUAAAUAUCCCCAAUAAUAAUAAGUGAUUAAUACACUUAAAUUAUCAUGCAUGGCAAUUAGAAUGCAUAUUUUAAUUAUGCAUUCUAUAUAUUUUCAUCUUGCUCUCGUGGCUGCAUAUCUGUGAGACUAAGGAAAAAAGUAAAUCAAUACAGGUUGAACGACGAUUUUCCGGCAACUGAUGGUCCCCCCCCCCUUAUAACCUGGACAAAAUUAAGAGAUCUCAGUUAAAAUUCCCUGAAUGGCCACAGAUGUCAUUGUAAAUUGAGUGCGAACGGAAUAACCUUCCGACCCAUCGUCUUCCCUGCUUCAUCGUCUUAGAGCCGCCAGCUUCCGACCCCAUUCCCGACUCUCAAGGUGCACCUGCGAGCCCUCUCACCUACUGCAGUUCCAUGCUGUUGGCGGUGGCUUUAUCCGCUCCCCGCUCGAGCACCGCCGCCUGCUUCUCCGUUGCUCUGUUUCGUCGGCCUCGUCUCCUCCCCACCCCCCCUCGAGAUGAGAGAAGCAGGUGGUGAUGGUCAAGUGAGGAGUGGAUAAACAGCAGCAGGUGAGAGGGGCUCGCUGGUGCACUUUGCAAGUCGGGAGUGGGGUCAAAAUGCAGGGCUCUAAACGCCCGGGGAGACGGUGGGAGUGGUGUAUGGGUCGGCAGGCUAUUCAUUCCAUUCACAAUCAAUUUAC